AUGCCGCACGAGAUGGAGGAGAAUGGUGCUGAGGUCUCAGAUGUUAUGUCUGAGAACGAGGACGAGACGGAAACUUUUAUUAAAGACGACGACGAAAAGAUGGCAGACCAGGGCACUACCGAGGUCAAGAAGAAGUACGACCCUAAGGAUCCCCUACGCCCGAGAAGGAAGAAGGCUCGGAGAGCGUGCUUUGCUUGUCAGAGAGCUCACUUGACUUGUGGAGAUGAGAGACCAUGCCAGAGAUGCAUCAAGCGAGGUCUCGCCGAUGCAUGCCAAGAUGGUGUUCGAAAGAAGGCCAAAUACCUUCAUGAUGCUCCCCCAGAAGCUCUUCGACCUGUUCUUGGUCCCAACUACAACCCCAAUCCUAAUCCCAGUCCUGCGCCUCCAAGACCAAAUGCACAACGUCAAAAUUCGAAUGCGAGCCAGUCGGAUAACUUAUCCGCGACCGGGAGCAACUUCUUUUCACAGGCAAGCACAACGACUCUGCCAGUCUAUUCAACCGGGGCGCAAACUCCUGUGGGCCUAGAUAGCCUGCCUUUUAACCCUCAGGCGUCCCCAACAUCUUUCCAAGCUCCAAUUGCCAACGCGCAUGCCCCUAUGAACAACAUAUUGCCCACUGGAAACAUGGACUUCAACGCCCUGUUCGACCCUAGCAAUCCUGCCCUUUACAAUUUUGAUCUUGAAGGUCUCAAUUUUGGUAGUCAGUACGCAGGUUGGGAAUUCGGUAUCCUUAACAAGAUGGCUCUGGGAGCCGAGACACCUCCGCGGGAGAACUCAAUGUCACAAACCCCAACAACUGAGGCUACUUAUGCAGCUCUCUUCGGAAACACAAAUGGCAAUGGCAAUGGUUUUGAUCAUCCCAUGUUAGGUGCCGACUUUUCGAGUAUGGACCAGAACAACCAGCCUCUAUAUGCACAAGGAAACCUCCAGCACGGACUGCCACAUGCUUAUGCUAUUGCAGCUGGGCCUACAAGUCUUGCCAGCCCCAGUACAGAUGCCACCGCCAGUCCCCAUUCAGUUGCGGGUAUGGAUGGCUCACCUAACCACAAUUUUGCUGGGAUCCCUAAUGUUCCUGGCGCGCAGCGACACAGGCCGAAGACUACCAAAGCGCCCCCUAAGUCCUAUCUCGGCAAGCGACAACGAGAUUCUGCCGCUAUCUAUGAGAGUGUCAAGGAGCCCUAUCCUUACACGACUGGUUUCCACAAUAUGGUGGCUGUUUUACGGAACCGCCUGCCUGGUAACAAGCUAUUAAGAAUUGCGAAGGCACUUGGAGAGAUCCGACCAUCGUUCAUAUCAUGUACCAAAGACCUGACCCGACAGGAUCUCAUCUUCAUGGAAAAGUGCUUCCAGAGAACAUUGGUCGAGUACGAUGACUUUCUGCAACAUUGCUGCGCCCCAACGAUUGUGUGUCGAAGAUCAGGCGAGGUUGCUGCUGUCAAUAAAGAGUUCAUUGCGCUAACAGGGUGGACAAAAGAGGUGCUACUUGGAAAAGAGCCAAACCUCAAUAUCAACACCUACAGCGGCCGCUCAACUAAUGGGUCUAAUACGCCAGACAACAACGCGCAAGGAGACAUGCCCACGCCCCGUCCCCAAAAGGCCACUCUCGACAAUAGCAGUGGACGCCCCCAGCCUGUGUUCUUAGGCGAGCUUCUUGAUGACGACAGCGUCGUCGAAUUUUACCAAGACUUUGCGGAACUAGCUUUUGAAGAUAGCCGUGGUAAGGUGCAAAGAAGCUGCAGACUCAACAAGUACCGGUCAUCGCAAAACCUGGACAUGAAGCCAGAACAUGGUGUCCAGAAAGACGUACAGCCAGGCAUUCUUAGCAGCCGAGUUACGCGCAUCGACAGCGAGCACGGUAUCUCGAGGAUUGAGAGGGAUGGCAAGGUCGAAUGUACCUACUGCUGGACCAUCAAACGAGACGUAUUUGACAUUCCCAUGAUGAUCAUUAUGAACUUCCUACCACGAUAUCUACCAGACCAAGGGCCCCAGCAACUGGCAGUUUAG